CAUCAUAAUUCACAUACCACACGCACAGCAAAAGAGUGAGAAGAUGCCAAUGACGCUUUUUCUACUUCUUUGCACGCUCAGCUUUUCCACCAUCAGUGCUGCUGAAUUCACACUCACCAUAAGCAGACAUUACUGCUCAAACUCAAGCACCAUCGCUCCCAAUAGCACCUACCAAGCCAACCUCAUUCGUGUUCUUCAUGAUCUCGUCUCUAGUGCAAGUUCCGACCGUGAUGAAGGAUUUUCCGUCACAUCGAGCGAGGCCGUCUAUGGCAGCUUUAUGUGCAGAGGAGAUGUCUCGAAGACAGAGUGCAUGGAAUGCAUCAAGAACGCGAGCGUUGAGAUAACCCGCUUAUGCCAGUUGACCAAAGUCUCUAUCCUGUGGUACGAUCAGUGCAUGUUGCGCUAUGCCGAUGUGAAUUUCUCCUCAACUGUAGAGAUGGAACCUCUGUUGGACGAUUACAAUGGAGAGAACACAGAAAAUCCAGAUGAUCUCGUGAAGCUACUGAACAAGACCUUGAAUAGCGCUGCAAGAGAGGCUGCUUGGCAUUCUUCUAGGAUGUAUGGCCAUCGCGAGGCCAAGUUCACUCGGGAAAAAAAGUUGUACACGUUUGCACAGUGUGUGCGUUAUCUUUCCAAGAACGAUUGUUGGGAGUGCCUUCGCAAUGCAACAUCUAACCUCUUAAGCAUCCAAAAGGGGAAAAUCGGGGGCAGAGUGUUGCUUCCGAGUUGCUUUGUCCGGUCCGAGAUUUACCCGUUUUAUCAGAGAAGCUCAAAAGGGACGGUGCCCUUUCAAGUGAAAAUAUCUGCCGCAACUUUCGCUGCUAUUGUAGGAUUGACGCUACCUAUUUACAUGAUAGCUCAGCAUUUACUGAGAGGAAGAAGAAGAAGAAGAGGAGUUCUAAGAAGGGACAGCGAAAGUUGCAUAGAAGAACAUCCAAUUGUUCAGAGGCAAAUUUCUGAGCUCCGUUCCCUGCAAUUUGAUCUGCAAACAAUAGAAGCCGCCACAAAUAAGUUCUUGAACGACAACAAGUUAGGGGAAGGUGGAUUUGGUCCAGUUUACAAGGGCACAUUGCCUGGUGGUCAAGAAAUUGCAGCAAAGAGGCUAUCUAGGAGCUCUGGACAAGGUGUGGAGGAAUUCAAGACCGAGGUUGAACUAGUAGCCAAACUUCAACACAGAAACCUGGUCAGGCUUCUGGGGUUCUCCAUGGAAAGAGAUGAAACGAUACUGGUCUAUGAAUACGUGUCCAACGGGAGCCUCGAUCGCUUGUUAUUUGAUCCUGAGCUCAGGGGACAACUAGAUUGGUCAGUACGUUACAAAGUCAUGGUAGGGGUGGCGCGUGGACUGCUAUACCUUCAUGAAGAUUCUCGGCUUCGAAUUAUUCAUCGUGAUCUCAAAGCUAGCAACAUUUUGCUAGAUGCUGACAUGAACCCAAAAAUAUCUGAUUUUGGUGCAGCCCGGAUCUUCAAAUCUGAUCAGACUCAAGCAAGCACUAAAAGAAUUGUUGGAACAUAUGGCUACAUGUCCCCUGAGUAUCUGACGUUUGGACACUUCUCCAUAAAAUCUGACGUCUUCAGCUAUGGUGUGUUUAUGCUGGAGAUUAUAACUGGCAAAAAAACAGCCAAUUCUUCUCAGUGGACUGCGAUGAGGACCUGCUAGGCUAUGUUUGGAAGCACUGGAGCAAUGGAAUGCCAUUGAAAGUAGUGGACCUAGCUUUAAGUGGUGCUUAUUCUGUGAACGAAGUGAUCAGAUGCAUGCACAUUGGCUUACUCUGUGUCCAAGAUGACAUGGAAGACCGCCCUACCAUGGAUUCAGUGAUUCUGAUGUUAAACAGCGAUUCUAUUAGCAUACCAGUGCCUCAAAGACCUUCGUUCUUCUUUCCUGGUAAGAAGUGCAAACAGGCACCUUGUGGUCUGAACUCUGAUCGAUCAAACAGCAAAGUGGACCAAUCUGUUAGCAACAUAAUGUCGCCGGGGUCUCCGAGUAAUAGCAAUCAUGCUGAUCCAGGUCCAUGGUAAUCGAGAUUUUGAGGCUAUCAUUUAGACGAUUCAUUGUUUAGAUUACCAGAUAAAUUGUGUGGGUACGCUUCAUAGCACAUCAUUGCCAGGAUUCUGUUAAAGGAUUGCAAUGGUGGAUACCUUUGAUGAAAAAGUGGAUAUCACUUUUGCAAAUAACGUUUAUGAUGGUAGCCUCUAAAAGGUUUUCCAGAGCAAUCAGUGGACUCCGAUAUCUAUUGCCAUUACCGAAUCUGUCAUCAUUUAGUCAGAGAUCACCAUCGUCUGAGUUUCUGAAAAUUUUAGAAGCUUUUGCACGUUAUGGCGUUAGCAUUUUGAACUUUCUCAAUAGUUUCUCAAGAAGUCUGCCUGAACUUAUU